CGUAAACAUUGGUCUCCACUCUAAUUUAGAAAAACGUUUAAAAGACUAAAAAAAUACCAACAAAACAAAAUUAACAAAACCCAUCUGAAGAGAUCAGAAUCUUCCUUGUCAUCCAAAGUUUUUGGAACAGCCAAAUAAUCUUUUGUUUGUCCGAGAAAAAACAUCAUAAAGUUAAAAGGGAAUAUUGACCAAAGACAUGGGAACAUAUAAAGCUGAAGACGAUUACGACUACCUCUUCAAGGUUGUCUUAACAGGAGAUUCCGGUGUCGGAAAAUCAAAUCUGCUCUCCCGUUUCACCAAAAACGAUUUCAGCCACGACUCACGCUCGACCAUUGGCGUCGAAUUCGCCACACGAAGCAUCAAAGUCGACGACAAGAUUGUCAAAGCUCAAAUAUGGGAUACUGCUGGCCAAGAAAGGUAUCGAGCCAUCACAAGCGCUUAUUAUCGAGGAGCUGUUGGUGCGUUAUUGGUCUACGACGUGACACGACACGUGACAUUCGAGAACGUUGCGAGAUGGCUUAAGGAGCUAAGGGACCACACGGACGCAAACACUGUGAUUAUGCUCGUAGGUAACAAAGCUGAUCUGUGUCACCUUCGAGCCAUCUCAACUGAAGAAGUGAAAGCUUUUGCAGAGAGAGAGAACACUUUCUUCAUGGAGACUUCAGCACUCGAAGCUUUAAACGUCGAAAACGCUUUCACAGAGGUUCUCACACAGAUUUACAGAGUCGUUAGCAAGAAGGCCCUUGAUGCUGGAGAUGAUCCAACCACUGCUUUGCCCAGAGGACAAAUGAUCAAUGUUGGAAGCAGAGAUGAUGUUUCAGCCGUCAAGAAAUCGGGUUGCUGCUCGACAUAGCAUAAAUGAGUUUUCCCUCUCCUUUUUUCAUCACUUUACGAUGAAAUGUGGAAACGUUGCAGAUUGAAUCAAAUGUGAACUACUUUGAUAUAGUGUAAUUUGAAUACAUAAUUACCGUUUUAGCAUGGAGCCUGUGACUGGGAAGAAAAUUGUUACUGAAAUGUGAAAUCACAGGCCCAAAGAUUCAGAAUUUGUUUACCAUAAAGCCCAUCA